AGCUCCCCCAAUCUUCUUGCUGGACAGGAGGGGCUGCCGGACUGGGGUAGCAUCGCAGCGCCGCCUCUGCUGUCGCCGGCGCAUAACCGGAUCCUGCAGAGCCAGUUCGGUUGCCGCCGAGGGUCUUCUGGACGCGCCAUGGCCGGGUAGCAGGAGCCGGUGGGGGCGGCCAGAAUGCUGCGGGCGCCGGCUGUGGCGAUGGGCUUCGCCAUCUUCUUAUUACUGCUCGUCGGCCCCGGCUGGUCAGCUCUGGGCAAGACGCAGCCGGGGGAGCCUCCCAGCCCGCAGGAAGUGGUGAUCAAAGUCCAAGUCUACGAAAAUGGCGAUUUAUCCCCACUUUCCCAGGCAGCUGUGGAAGUGUAUGGCAACCAAACAUCUUUGGCUUCAGGCACCACUGACCACGAGGGUAUCAGUAUGCUCCCCAUCAGUUAUCGCUUGGGCACCUGGGUCCUUGUUAUGGCCUCCAAGCAUGGCUUUGUUACAAACUCUGUUCCUUGGCGUGUCAACAAACUACCACUCUAUGCUUCUGUAAGUCUCUAUCUGCUUCCAGAGCGUCCUGCAACACUUAUCCUUUAUGAUGACUUGAUACAAAUCCUUGUUGGUUCUCCAGGAGCUAAGAGCCAGCCAUGGGCACAGUUCCAGCGCAAAUCUGCUCGCCUGUCCCGCAGUUCCACCUACAGCCAGCUUUCAGCCACUUUGACUGCCGCCAGUGGUGGGCCAGACAUGAGAGGGUUCCCGUCCUUCAUCGGGGCUGAAAGUAAUGGCAGUGCUAGUAAUACUUGGUUGGAGUUGGUGCCUAUUGUUGCAGUCAGCGUUCACCUCUUCACUGCAAAUAGCACAGAAGUCCAGCUUUCUGGCUCAGUCCACCUCUCCAUCCCACUGCCAUUUGACACAGCUGCUGUAGCAAGUACCAGUGUGCCAGCCUGGCGCUUUGACCUCAAGAGCGGGCUUUGGAUCCGGAAUGGAACUGGACUCAUCCGCAAGGAGGGAAAUCAGCUGUACUGGACAUUUGUAUCUCCACAGUUGGGCUACUGGGCGGCUGCUAUGCUGUCUCCUAUAUCAGGGCUCGGAACUUCAACAGCAGGAAUUAAAGAUAUUGCUACCUACCAUACUAUUUUUCUAGUUACUAUCUUGGGUGCCCUGGCAUUGCUGGUUCUCAUUUUGCUCUGCCUGCUUAUCUACUAUUGCAGGAGACUAUGUCUCAAGCCACGUCAACAACAUAGAAAGCUUCAGCUUUCUGGGGCUCUGGAUGCAUCCAAGAAAGACCAAGCUACAUCAAUGUCGCAGAUUAAUCUUAUUUGUACCAGCCACAUGGAGACAGCUUCAUCCAAUGGGGACAUAGAUGUGCAUACACCCAUCCUCAAAUCAGCUUUCUCCUCUUCCAGGGAGUUUGAGAGCUCCCGUGAGGAAUUCUUCAAGCAAAUGCCAAACCAGAAAAUUCGUCAUGCCAGUAAGGCCUCCACAGUAGACACACUGAGCCAGCGAGGUGGUCCCAAGGAUGACUAUCCCAGAAUGGUGGAGGGCUAUUCAUUAAAAGCAGCCCGGUCCAUGGAUACCUCUGGCACACUAGAACCCCCUCUCUUGGAAGAUUACAAGCGUAACUAUUCACAUCAGCGUGUAGAAGACAAGUGCAAUGAGACACAACGUAAACAAACACGGAAUGAUAGCAAGCCUUAUUUGCAGGAGCCCCCAUCACCACCACCCCUCCCAGCUCCUUUUGAUCAUUAUAUGGCUCAUAAAGUUGAUGCCAAACCUCCUGAUUUCAUGAUGUCACAGUCUGUAGACCACCUGGCCCGUCCCACUUCUCUGAGUCAACCUGGACAAUUAAUCUUCUGUGGUUCUAUUGACCAUAUGAAGGAUACAAUGUACCGAAAUGUCAUGCCAACCCUCGUGAUUCCUGCCCACUAUAUGCGUCUGGCUCCAACAGAUCAGACAAAUACAGGCUCUGAAAAUCAACCAGAUAUGGACCCAACUGCUAUGGGACUCCCCCAUCAAUUUGGUCCCCAGGAACAACAGAGGCAGCAGCUUCUCCAACAACAGCUGCAACAUCCACAGUUCCAACUACAGCAACAUCAAGUGGAAGACCCGGAGGGGAAGGGUUGGGGACCCCACACGCAAUCUGUCAGCGGUUCAGUCACCAUACCUGUGUUGUUGAAUGAGUCCACUAUGGCCCAAUUGAAUGGGGAGCUACAGGCACUGACUGAGAAGAAGUUGCUGGAACUGGGUGUAAAGCCACAUCCACGAGCCUGGUUUGUAUCACUAGAUGGACGUUCCUCUCAAGUCCGUCAUUCUUACAUUGAUCUCCAGGGCCCUGAGAGGAAUCGCAGCAAUGAUGCCAGUCUAGACUCAGGUGUGGAUGUCAACGAAGCCAAGCCCACCAAGCGCCUGAAGGAGGAGCGCAUGGGUCCAACGUACUCUAAACUGGUCUUUGCCGAUGCUGACACAGAACAAAGCAGCAGCGAGAGCCGCACUGCAAUUUGUUCUCCCGAGGACAACUCACUCACCCCUCUGCUGGAUGAAAACACUGACCACCGUGCUGCUACAAUUCCACGACAUGGGCGCAGCCGUGGCAACAGCUCUCGCAGCAGCAAUAGCAAUAGUGAACUGCGCCGUGACUCAAUGACCAGCCCAGAGGAUGACAGCAACGAACCUUCUGAAGGAACUGAUGACCAGGGAGACAAGAAGAGUCCAUGGCAGAAACGUGAAGAACGACCUCUCAUGGUCUUCAAUGUGAAGUAGCCAGGAGGAGGAAGAAAGUUGCAUACUUUGGGUGGGGUAGGAUAAGGCACCAGAACCAUGGAGAUCAGUAUUUGCCUUUGAGUCUCGUCUGGCUUCCUUUUCUCUCCAUCUCAUCAAGUGCUCAGCUGAACUGAAGCCCUUAUGUUUUGACAGAAGAGAUGAAUGAACAGAGCAAGAAACAAUGCAGCCAAGCUGCAUUAAUGUUUCCCCCCCCCCCCCAGCCACUGAAGAUGCUGUCUUGCUCAAGGGAAGUUAAGAAGUGCCACAGCAAACUACCUAAGAAAAUUUGGCCUCUUUCUGUUUCCACCAACCACUGUGAACCAAGCAAUCCAGGGCACAGAAAUUACAAAGGAUGUAAUGACAGCGAAGGAAGUUUCAUUGUUCGGUAACUCUUGUCAAUCUCUGGAGAGGAUACUGCUUGUCCUAUGUGGUUCCAGUUCCUAGAAUCCCUUAUUUCCCACCCAAUUUGGUAUAACCAGAACUAUUGAUGUCCCUCUGCCCUAACACUUUGGGAACAGAGGUACAGUGGAAAGGCAUGACUCAAUUCUACAACCCUCUUGCCCUCAGGGCUUUUGUACAGUUCUUUUUUAAAAUUAAGUCCUGUGGAUUUUCCAAGCCAAAAGCUUGGACGGGUGGGUGCCCAGGUUGAUGUCCAUCUGUGCCUGUCAUCCUUUUAUGAUCCGACCACUUGGAUUACAGUACAGGGCCCAGAUAAGGAGGGUGGGUUUGGGGAAAUUUGGGCAUUAGUGUGGGUAAUAUACAUAUGUGUGUGCAUGCGUGUACGUCAGUGGUGGGUGGGAGUCUGAACCAUGUAUGUGUGGAUAGAUGUGUCUGACCUCGCUGCCAAAUGAACUCCUUAUUGGAGUCAUCUCUGUGCCCCUCCCCCCUUUUUCCUUAUGCCUGCAACUCCUCUGUCUCCUCCAAGUGCCUUCUGGCCCCAAUGUCUCCCUCCCUCCGCCCAACCAGGCAGCUGUGAAUGAAACCUUGAUAUCUGUAGAGGCGUACAGGGAUACCAUCUGUUCAUAGCUGCUCAGAUCUUCCUUUCUGUAUAAUCCCCUUUUUUCCUGCAGUGAGUGCUUGGCAGGGGGAUCAAGAAGGGGGAUUGCUGAAGGAAAAACCAACUGACACAUCUCUGCUUGUAAACACAGGGGCCAACUUGCUAAGCCAUCAGCACAGACUUAGGAAACUGAGCCAACCAGCAACACAGUUGUGGUGAUUGAGAUCUUAAAGAGCAGCAGGACCAGAUCUUACUUGAUCUUACAAAAGAAUGAUGGGCAUGAUGAGCAAUCCCAAGUAAGGCAUUUGUGGAGAUCUUGGAGCCCAUUGUAGCACAUGAUUUCAUCUGAAGAAAGGGAUGGGGAACUAUUAGCCAGCCCCAAACUGAUUUUUUUGUCAAUCAAAUUGGAAAAUAAUAAAUGGGGUUGGGCACAUUGUGGCUGCAAAUAAGGUGGUGGAAGAUUCCUUUUUAGCAUUUUGCUUUUGUGUUUAAAGACACUUGGACUUUUUAUCAGUCAGGCUCACAUCCUUUUGUAACAGCAGAAGGUAGCAAAGACUGAAAUAAUUUGGGGAAACAUUUUAUUUCAGACUCGCCUUUAUACUAAGACUUGAAGACCUUAAAAUAGAGGUGGGAAUUCUUUCUUUUGAGGGCAACAUUCUUUAGAAAUAAACUGGGAGGCUACAUAUUAAUGACAGCCGGGCCAGAAUUAAAAGUGGGUGGGUUUUUAUCCCAUCUUUUUUGUUUCAAACCCACACCCAUAGUUCCCAGCCCUGCAAAUUGCUAGAGAAAGGACAGAUUCCUCAUUAGAGGUCUAAGUUGGUUACCUAGAGCACAUCUUCCCCUACUGUUUAGUUAUUUGAUCUAUUUGUCUGCAUUUCCUGGUUUUCUGAUUUUUUCCUAAUUGUCAUUUUUCUCUCUCUGCUUGAAGAGAUCAUCUUUUCUGAAGGGCACUUCUUUCUUUGCCAAGAUCUGGAUAAUCUGGCUUAAAAAUAGGUCUUUAUUCAUCUCAGCUUCAGUUGAGAUUUUCAGAAUAGAACAUAACUUACACAGUGUGAGAGGAGCACUUACCGUAUGCUCAAAAAUGUUGGUUUUUAUUUGCUUGCUCCGGGGAUGAGCCUUACUAAUGAAAAAAAGGUUCUGGGGUUGAGCCCUAUUUGUAUAAAGACUAUUUUUUCCAUUAUAAUUCUUUUUUUUUUCAGUUCAAUAAUUGCCUUGAGAUUAUUUUCUUUUAAUUAUUUGAAUAAUGUCCAUAUUUUGCCUUCUUUCAUAGCAUUACAUUGAAUUAUUUUUAUGUUCAUAGGGGUUUUUUUUUCCUGAAAGACCAUCAUUAGAAUUGCUAACUGUGGAACUCCCCAGUACCUGAUGUGUCUGGUGCAAGAUUAAUACUUGUCAAACUGCUUCACAAACAAUCCAAUUACUUACAUGAAGUCUUGGUCUAAAAUUGCAGAAAAUGUUCAUAUCUGAUUAAUUUUGCAAUCUAUUCAUUUGAGAACUGUUAAUAUUUUGUAAAUCAGGUACAAAACCUUUUUCCAACUGCAGGUGACACUGCAAGAGCUGGCUCACCAUUCUUUCAAAGCAUUUUGUCUCUUUCCAUGUUCCACUAAUGCCAAAUGAUAGAUACUAUCUGAGUAGUGCAAGAAAAUUCUGUAUUUGUAACCUGACUAUCCAGCUAAUCACUAAUCUCAAGAAAUCUAUGCCUAACAUGGUUUAAGGUAUCACUUUGGUGUGAUCUGAUCAUUAUAGCUCUCUACAAAGAUAGUGGGAUUUUAGUCAAACCUAGAAAAAGUUUUUAAAAAGUCAAGGAAGUUUUAAUCACUCCAAUGCUCCACAUAAAAUCAGAACUGUUUUACUUCCAAUCAAUGCACAAUGCUGCUUUCUAUAAUUUUAUAGCUGAAGAAAAGCAUUGCAUCUAGGAGCUAAUAGCAAGGUAUGCCCUCUGAUAUACAUGUAUCUUUAACUAUCUUCUAGUUUCUCCAGUGACCUCAAACUGCCAAACAAGCAUUUGAGGUUUUUUUAAUGUUCUGAAGAAAAAAUAGUUGAUCAAAUUCAGUGGCUAUUGUUGGUGAAACUUCCUAUUUGUACUUUAGAAUGGUAUUAAUAUAUAAAUCUUCGGAAUUUAUCACA